GGGACCGGAAGCCGAGAUUUGGCUGUGGUGCCGAGAGGCUUCGGGACAGGCUAGGCGGGGGAGGGGAGCGGGCGGCAGCCCCGGGUCAUGUGACCGGAAAGGCUCCUGACGGACGCCGUCCCUCCUCGGCGCCGCCUGAGCGCCCGGCCCGACCCCGCCAUGGGGUGCUGCUACAGCAGCGAAAACGAGGACUCGGACCAGGAUCGGGAGGAGCGGAAGCUAUUGCUGGACCCCAGUAGCACCCCCACCAAAGCCCUCAAUGGAGCCGAGCCCAACUACCACAGCCUACCUUCAGCUCGCACAGAUGAGCAGGCCCUGCUUUCUUCCAUCCUUGCCAAGACAGCUAGCAACAUCAUUGAUGUGUCUGCUGCAGACUCCCAGGGCAUGGAGCAGCAUGAGUACAUGGACCGGGCAAGGCAGUACAGUACUCGCUUGGCUGUGCUUAGCAGCAGUCUGACCCAUUGGAAGAAGCUGCCUCCGCUGCCGUCUCUCACCAGCCAGCCCCACCAAGUGCUGGCCAGCGAGCCCAUCCCCUUCUCUGACUUGCAGCAGGUCUCCAGGAUAGCUGCUUAUGCCUACAGUGCACUUUCUCAGAUCCGUGUGGACACGAAAGAAGAGCUGGUUGUGCAGUUUGGGAUCCCAUGAAGAGAGGGGUCCUGGGACAGCUCUUCCCUCCUCUCCAUCCCGUCUCCACCCCACCUCUUCUGGCCCCCAGCCUCACUGUGGCUUUCUACAGUACUUAACCUGCUACUAACCGUGGAGAAGAAUAUGGAGGAAAAGAGCCAGGCUAGAAGCCUGACAAGUGAGGACUAAGCAGGGGGGAGGACCAGUCGCCACUGGCCUUCAAUUCCUGGCUGGGGUGAGUUGGGGCCAAGAGGACAGGGCCUGGCAGAUCUUCACAGUCACUGUAGGGGUGAACACCGGAGACCUAGGGGAUCCCCUUCCCACCCUUUCUCUUGGCCUCCAAUUCACUCCUGUCCCCUUCCCUGACUUGGUGCUCAGAGGCACCUCACUAGGGAUUAUGACCAGGGUCUAGAUGAGCUUGAAUCUGAAUUGAGUUUGUGUUUCUAGCACCCUGGGUUUUUACAUGUUUGGUCUUUUUGUUUUUGUUUGUCACCCCUCGAUAAAGGAAGUAUAUUCAUUUGUGUU